AUCCUGCCUGUCAAAGCAGACAAGAAUAUUGUGAUCGUUGUUUGUCCUUUAAACUCUAUUGUAGAGGACCAACUUAAAGUGCUGCAGAAAAGAGGAAUUACUGCUGAUGUUCUCCAACUAAACAACGACGAGCGAGAAGCGAUUGACAGUUUGUUCAAUUAUUAAGAACUAACGGAGGAAAGCGCUGAAUGAUCUUUAAGCAAUCCAAGUGCGAGACUAAUGAAUGGAGAUGUCCAGAUUGAGUUCGCACAUCCAGAGGCUCUUUUGAGUAAGGAAGGACGCGAACUGAUGAACAGCAAGGUUUUUCAAAGGAAUGUGGUUGCAUGUGUGGUUGACGAAGUUCAUUGCGUGGAAAUAUGGUAAGCUUUUUAGACAGCGCACAUAAUACGUGUAAAGUGUAAAUCGGGCCAGACAGGCAGACAGGCUCGGUUGAGCGGCUGAAUUGCAUAUUUUAUUAGGUGGCUUAUGACCGAAAAAGUCCGAUAAUGGAUACUUACUUGUGAUGAAUGCCAAAUUUUAUCAAUUGGCCUUACAUUUUUUUCAUGCACUAUGAUAACAAUUUUGGUAUAAGCCUGAUGGCAACUUAAUAAUAAUUUAAACUCUAUUGUGUCUUAGGGGUGAAGAUUUCAGGAAGGACUUUAAAGAAGAAGGACUUUAAAGACCUGUCAGCUCUUAAAGCGUUUUUCCCAACUGUACCAGUCAUGGCCCUUACAGCCACAGCACCAUCGCAGAUGUUGAAAAAACUUAAACACAGUUUGUCAUUGAAGACAGACUGUAAGGUUAUUGCAGCCAACCCAAAUCGGAGUAACAUCUAUUUGGAAAAGAAAGUGAGGAUGAGUAACCACCAUGGCUAUGAAGGUUUCGACCAGAUCCUUGUACCAAUUGCAAAUGACCUGGCUUUGAAGAGGGAGAGGUAUCCCAUGACAAUUAUAUACUUGAAACUUAAAUACUGUGGCUAUGCCUAUGGAUUGUUUGAAAGGAUAUUGGCUGAUAAGCAAUUUGUGGGGGAAACAAAAUAUCCAUCUGGAAGGCUAUUUGCCCAAUUUCAUGCUCCCCAAACAAAACGUAUGAAGAAGAGUAUAAUUUCCGAAAUAAAAGAAGAGAACUCGAGAAUACGGGUUUUGCUUGCCACAUCAGCUCUUGGUAUGGGUGUAAAUGCUCCCUAUGUGGAACACAUUAUACACAUCUCCCCACCCAUUUUUUAA